GCCAUUCGGUCACAUCGCAUCGUCACAGUCUUCCGCAUCGCUUAGCUCGYCAUAGAUGUCCUCCGUGCCGACUAUGUGAAAACGGUUCUUUACAAGUCUAUAUAGAAUUACCACCAUUUUGCAUUCGUAAUAUUAUUCCGUCAAGCAGUGUAUUGCAUUUCAUUUUCCAAUCCUUCAUCGCGUACGAUUUUCAUCCAUCGUCAUGAUCCGGUUACCGUUCAACGCCGCGCUGUUACUGGUCCUGCUGCUGGUCGGGCCCUCGGUCACGUCUUCGGUGGACAGCAACGGAGUUGACGAUGGCGAAGAAAACCCGUUCUUGGAAGCGGCCAAGUCGCUGCUGCAAGACUCGCUGGCCAGCGGACAGGGCGGCGGGGCCGGAUUGGGAUCCGUGCUCCAGUCCUUCAUGCAGACGGAGGGCGCCAAGUCUGGGCUGGGAUCAAUCGUAUCCGGUCUGGCGGCCGCYAAGGGUUCCGUCGACCCACAGGUGAUCGGACAGCUCGUCGGCAUGUUCGCCGGUGGUUCAGCUGCGGACAAGUCAUCGUCCGGCAACGAUAACGGGCCCGGCGUGGAUUGGAGCUCAAUGAUCGACUUGGCUUCCGGUUUCAUGUCAUCGACGGCGGGCGCGGGCGGCCUCCAGGGUUCGUCCAUCGAGGGUUUCAUGAACGUACUUCCGGUGUUGGUGAACGCUUUCAGUGGCGGUCACAAACAUUCCGAUGAUCCAGAAGUUGAGGAUUUUGAAGAGCACGAGCGACAUGCCAGAGCUUCGACCUUCUUGCCGCCGUUUCUGAGCAGCGCGUACGUGUACUGGGAACAUUUCAAAAACAGUGAGCUGGGCAUGACCCUGUGGAARAACAGCGGCCUGGGCAGCAUCCUGAAGCUGUUCAUCGACAAGGACGGUCAUUUCCAAGUAGACAAGAUAUUCGAGUCCAUGGAAAACUCCACGUUCAGACGGCGGUGGGUCAGAAGUCUGACCAGCUUCGUCGCCGAAUGGAUGAAACACGUAUCAGACCCGAACACACAGGCCAGAUAUUUGUCGACGACACAGUUCAUCAUGAAUGGAUUCUUAAAGUCUCAAGGUUAUUCUAAGGCAGCACAGUUUGACUCAGCACGGCCAGCAGAAUCACUGAGCUUCCUGGCCGACGCGGUGUUUAAACGACAGUUUGGACUCAAAGUCAAUUCUGCUACGUACAUUAAACCAGCGAUAGCAUAUUUACAAGAUGUGUUUAGGUUGGGCCAAAGCAAAGGAUUGAGCUUGCAGCAUUUAACUUCCAAGGAAAUUGAGGAGAAGCUAUCAGAGCUGUUGAAUCACGAGCUAAUUGACCCGAUACUCAGGGUGUGGAGAGUGUACAGAUUCGUGGGCAAAAAACCAGAAUGUGAUCGUUACUUGGUGUGCAGCAUCAACCGCAAAGGCCAAUAUCCAGACAGCAAAACAGGACUCAAACCAGGUGUUACAAAACUGUCCAGUUUAAUCGCUUCGUGGUUCCUGUCCGGAAAGACGGGAACGCCGUUCUGGAAACUUUACAACGCUGCAACCGAAGACCACAACUGUUCGACAAAAUAUUCGGCAAAUUGCCAAGAAUUCCACGAAGAAGAUUUGAAAGCCACGACUGAAUAUUUCCACAACGAACUCUAAGAGUGUAAAAAUAAACAACAACAAAAAACUAUCAAUAAUUGCGGAUAUACAUAAUAUGCAUAUUUUCAAAGGCUGUUUCAUCAAUUUCGGUUUUUGAACAUUUUAUAAUUCAUAUAAUAUGUAUUUUAACUCUAAACGGGGUGUACACUAGGUACUCGGGUAUUUAAACCUAGUUUAAGCCACCAUUGAUAUACUACCUUAAUUUUGUUUUAUAAUCUUUUUAUAUAUAUAUAUGUAUGUAAUAUGUUUACAUUUACUAAAUUAUUUUUAGCAUACAAUUUACUGAUAGGUAGAUAAGGUUUUUUCGYCGAACAAAACUGCAAUUAUUCACUUUAUAUAGGUAUUUUACCAUCCCGAGAUAUUUUAAUAGGGGACCUUAUGGAAGUGUAGAUGGAUUCAAAUGAUACAUUCAUAAUACAGUUUCAUAAAAUAAUUAUGUCUAUCGGACUAGAUGCAAGCACGUUUGUUGAUAAUACACCGUCCUAAUGACAAAAAAGCUAAAACAUAUAAUAUAUUAUAGAUUAAGUGUAUAUUGGUACAUCAAUUUAUAAAGUUUCAAAAAAAGAAUACCUACUUAAUAUUGUAAUUAGUUUUCUACAAUAUAUGCUUAAAUUAUUUGUGUAGGU